AUGGCCGACUACAUUCACGUCCCGGACGAGGCUCCCGCUGUGCCCAAAAUAGAUGUGACGGUCGAUGAGAACGACUACCGACCCGACUUAUUUUAUCCCCUCAUCUUUUCUUCUGUCCUGUUUCUGUUUUUUAAUCUCUCAGCUCCUGUUGUUGCCCUCGGAUGCAAAAUUGCUUUCUUUCUCGGUGCAGAAAGCAUCACCAUAACUCCAAAAGAUUCCCGCUGGGUGGGCGCCUGGUGGCUGGGCUUCCUGGUAUCCUCUUCCCUGUUGCUGGUCUCCAGUAUCCCUUUCUGGUUCCUGCCACGCUGGCUUCCCAAACAAGGGGAUGAAACGGACAAACCCACUCUUGGUGGAAUUCCAGCGCCUGUGUAUUUUGGAGCUCUGAUAGACUCUACUUGCCUGAAGUGGUCUAUCAAGAAGUGCGGGGGAAGAGGGGCGUGUCGCAUUUAUGACUCAAAUAUGUACAGGAUAAUUUUCCUUGGUUUGAUUACUUGCCUCAGCGGCACUUCCUACUUCUUCAUGAUUGCUGUCAUCGUCCUCCUGAAGCGACAGUUUUGGAAAUCAGACCGGGAGACAGAGCUGCAACAACCCAGAGCGUCAAAGGAAAGUGGAAUUAUGGUUCAGCUGGACAUUCAGGAGAAGAGCAGUGCUGGGAACACAAGUCCCAAACCGUCUUCUGACAAAACAGACUCUACUGGAGUUGAGAAAGACUUGGAAGGAUGAGGGGAAAUAGUCAGAACAGAGCGACUUUUUGCAAAUAAUAGUCUAUUUUUCAACAAUAUAUAUGAUGUGAACCUGACAGAGACUUCAGGUGAGUUCUUUUUCUUUCUCAUAGAUGGUCAGAGAAUGUUAUCAACAAAACCUCUGGUCUACAAAAGAUCAUUAUUUCCUAAGUCGUGCAAUAAAGCAGGCAGUUCAAGUUAGUCUUUUCUUGCUAGGUCUGUUUACCUCUAUAUUGGUUAUCAUGUAACGCAGUUUGUUUUACUACUACAGACAGAUUGAGCAGCAAUUUAAUAAACUGACCUUUUUGUACAUCUCUUCCAUGUUGAAAGCAAAAUUGAUUGUUUAAUGAAACCUCUUGUUUAAAAAUGCUAUUUUUGGCAAUAAAUAAAUCCUUCAGAAAGAGA